AUGGCAAUUCCACAAGCAACUCCGACGCAAGCAAGCGACACCGAGCCUGUAAAAGAGUUCGUUGAGCACGACAAGGAGAUUUCCGACCAUAACAUCGAACAUAUUGACAGGCCAAGAGACAUCGACCAUGAAGCCGAGCACAAAAUUCGAGUCAAGGUCGACUUCCGUCUCAUGCCAAUGCUUUGCGUUCUGCUCAUGGUUGCAUACCUAGAUCGCACAAAUAUUGGCAAUGCUCGAAUCCAAGGUCUCGAGGCGGAUCUUGGUAUGACGGGGACAGAUUACAAUAUCGCACUAUUUGUAUUUUUCAUCCCAUACAUUGUGCUGGAUGUACCUUUGAACAUUCUCAUGAAGAGACUUCGCCCUUCGCUGUAUCUUGGAACUCUCUGCACUUCAUGGGGUAUCGUCACCGUGUGUCAAGGCGUGACUCAAAGCUACGCUGGGCUCAUUGUAUGUCGCGUACUCCUUGGAUGUUUUGAGGCUGGUUUUCUGGCGGGUGCAAUCUACAUGAUGGCCAUGUAUUACACUCGAUACGAGUUGCACACGAGAAUGAGUCUCUGGUACUCUGCUGGUACCCUCUGUGGAGCCUUCGGAGGGCUACUGGCUUAUGCGAUUGCACACAUGGACGGCACCUCGGGAUAUUCGGCGUGGAGAUGGAUCUUCAUCAUAGAAGGAGCCUUCACUACGGGCGUCGGAAUAUUGACUUUCUUCGUUCUACCCGAUUGGCCUGAACAAGCCAGAUUUCUCAAGGACGACGAGCGCGCAAUUUUGAUUGCCAAGCUAUCGCGCGAUACCGGAGAGUAUGUGGAAAACAAGACGACUGUUGAGGUACUCAAGGAAACCUUCACCGACCCGAAGAUUUUGUUCUGUGCUACCAUGUACUUUGGCACCUCCGUCACUGGGGCUGCGUCCUCUUUCUUCUUGCCCAGCAUCUUGAGGCAGUUCGGAUGGACUUCAAUCAAGGCGCAGUACAUGAGCAUACCUGUUUGGCUUGUGGCCUGGAUCCUCCAGAUAUUCAAUGGUUUCGCGUCUGACAAAGUCCACCGGCGUUGGCCUUUCUUCUUCUUCCCCCUUUGCCUCUCCGUUAUCGGCUAUGCACUCCUCCUUGGUCAACGAAACUUGGCACUGGGGGUUCGAUAUAUGGCUACGUUCUUUGUUGUUUCGGGCUGUUGGGCAGCUUUGGCAAUGACAAUGACCUGGUUGAACAACAACAGCGUGGGAAAGAAGCGACGAGGUGUGGCCUCGGCAGCAAUCCUAGCCAUUGGCAACACCGGCAGUAUUAUGGGCAGCUUUAUCUUCCUGGCUGCAGAAGCGCCUAGGUACACCACCGGGUACUCGGUGGCCCUCGUGACGGUCAUACUAGCACAAACAGCCGCAACCGGAUAUCUAUUCCAUGCGAUUCACGAGAACAAGGCCAAAGCACGCGGCGCAAGGGACCAUCUCCUUGCUCUUCCAGAGAGCGAACAGGCCGAGCUGGGGUCGAAGCAUCCAUCUUAUCGAUACACUUACUAA